AUGUCUAAUUAGUUAUAUCCUGUACAAGAAGAAACAGAUUAUGAACGAAAUCAAUUUAUGAAAGGUUUAACAGAAACUCAAUAUAAUAGUUAAAACUAUUAUGAAAUUAAGAAAAAUAAUUAAGAAAUAUCUCCUUAAAAAAAGGAUAUUAGAAGUAGAUUAGGGGAUAUUUCAUCAGCAAUUUCAUAAUUUAGUCCAGGCAAAAGUCCAAGCAAAUAUAUGAAAUAAUCUGAAUAAUCUUUUUCUCCAAACAGAACCUAAUUAGUUAGAUAAUCUUUAUCGCCAUAAAAAAAUUAAAUGAAUUCUUUUGAUAAGAGUUAGUUAGAGUCGAGUAUUUAUGGUAGAAAUUAAUAACAGCAAAUGUCAAGUCCUUUUUAGAUAGUUACAAGUUAAGCAAGAAGGAUUGAAGAACUUCAAAUGCAAGUCGAUUUACUAAAAUAAAGAGAAUGUAUUUAGCUCUCUGCAGAAGAAAAGAAUUAGCUUAUCACAGAUUUAUAUACACAAGUUGAACAAAAAAAUACACUGCUAUAAAGAUAAAAUGAAAUUAUUAGCAGCUUAGAAAGAUAAACUUUAGAUGCAAAUGCUAGGCUAAGAAUAUUUGAGAUUGACACUGAGCAGAAUAUGAUUGAGAUAAAAUAAUAUAAAGAUGAAUUAAUGCUUUAAAAUGCAAGAAAUUAAUCAUUAUAACAAAGUCUAAAUGAACUAAGAAAGGCUUUUGAGGAAUUACAAAAUGAAAAAAUGUAAAUGGGAGAUAAUUUUAGAAAACAGUAUUCAGAUGCUUUAGAGGAGAAUCUUUCUCUUAAAAAUAAAAUAAAUGAAUUAGAAUUAAAAAAUAAUUAAAUAUCAAACGAACUAAAUACUGCUUUGGAUUAAAUAAUAUCUGAAAAAGCUUAGUAAGAGCUUUUAAAGAAGUAAAUGUAGUAAGAUAAAUAGCAAUAAGUAGAAAAAUAACCAAUAAGAAAAAUAUCAUGUGAUGAUGAAAAUCAAAUGUAUAAUAACUUGUCACCUUCUUAUAAUAACCAAAGCUUUUUGCUUGAUGACUUUCACGCAAACACAAUUAAUAUUUCUAUGACAAGUGAAAACUUAAGUGAAAAAAUGAAAAAGUAUUGUGCAGAACUUGAUGUGUUUAUUGAAAAAUUCCUUGAAAACAAAAAAUAUAGAGUUAGAAGUAAAUAAGAGAUGAAGUUUUUUACAGAAAUGGGAAAAAUGAUUUAAUUUUUAAAGAAUAAACAUUUAAAAAUAUCAGAUGAAUUCAAAGAACAGGUUGAUAUCAUGAAUAAAAAAAGCGAAGAAACAAGAGUCAAUAUGAUAACAACACUAGCUCAUGUCAGAAUCCUUAAAUAAUCAACUGAAAUCACUAUAACAGAUUUAGAAAAAACAAUUGAUGAUCUUAAGAAUACAAAAGAGAGGAAUUUAAAAAAAAUAGAAGAGUAAAAUAAAAAGAUUUAAAACUUAGAAAAUGAAAUUGUGGAAUUAAAGAAAAAAAAUAAUCAACAAACUGUUAAGAUUCAUGAAUUAACUGAGCUUAGUAAUUAAAGAUAAAAUAAAAUUGAAUCUCUUGAAAAGAAUGUUAAUAAUCUUAAUGUGUUUAUUGCUGAUUUGAAGGAGUAACAAAAUAAGAUAAAUGAAUCAUUUAAGUAAAAAGAGUAAUAAAUGGAAUAAAAAAUUGAAGAGUAAGAUAAUUAAAUUAACGUUUUACAAAAUAAAUAAGAAUAACUAUUAGCUGAGAUAGAAGAAUUUUCAAAUCAACUCAAAGAUUCCAAAGCAAAGGUUGAUGAUCUUAAGUAGGACAUAAAGGACUUGCAUGAACAAAUGGACACUGAAAAGGAAGAAUAUGAAUAAAUAAUAAAAUAAAAUAUUUAAAGCAUUGAAAAUAAAAACUAAUAAAUUAAAAAAUAGCUAGAAUAAAUAGAAGAAUUAACAAGCCAAGUUUAAAUACUUGGUGAUAAUGGAAAUAACUAAGGUCAAGAGGUUAUCAGACUAAAUUAAGAGGUAAAAGAGUUGAAGUAAUCAGAAUAUAACCUAUAAGAGGAUCUAAGAACAUGCAAAAGAAAAAUAAUGUCACUUGAGAAUAAGUUAAGCAAUAAUUUCGAUGAUAGAUAGCAACUUGUAGAGUAAAAUCAAUAGCUAUCUGAAGAAAAUUAAAAAUUAGCAGCAGAGUUAGAUGAGAUAAAGCUCUCAAAGAACGAAAUAGAUAUCUAAUAUCAAUAGCUUCAUGAGUAAACUCAAACAUCAGAACUAGAACUCUCAGUAAUCAAAGAUAAAAUUCCUUUGGUAGAAGAAGAAAUGAAGUAGUUGAUUGAAUUAAAAGAUAAAAAUUUAGUUUAGAUUAAUUAGCUGAAGGCAGUCGCUAUAUAACAGGAAUCAAAGUUACUUGUUCAAGAAACUAAAAUAAAGGAGUUGGAGGAUGAGCUUGAAUAAAAGCAAGUUCUUGUAUAAAUGAUGAAAAUAGAGUUAGAGCAAAUAGAUAACUUACACUAAGAGAGCAUGAUUCAUGAAAAAAUUUAUUAUGUUAAGAAAUAAGAGGAAUAUGAAAAGACCAUUUUCAAUUUAAUAGAAGAAAAUAAACAGCUUAAAAUUUAAAAAGAAACCCUAAACACAAGCAUAAAUUACCUGAACAAGCUGGACAAUUUCUUUGAGAGUGAAAAUUAAAUUUAUUAAGACUAGAAAUAGUAAAUUUAAAAGUAAAAUAAAAAAGUAAAAGUCUUGGUCCAAGAGCUUGAUAAUUAAAUGAAAGAAAAGCAAAUUCUGGAGAAAAGAAUUUCAGAAUUAGAAACCUACAUAAACUUGAUAAUUGAAAAUUCAGUAGAGUAUAACAUAAACAAUGAUAAACAAAUUUAAGAACUAAAAUAAGUAUUAUUUAAUUCUUAAAAUGAAAAUAAAAAUGGCAUCUAAUAGUAAUUUUACUUAGGAAGAAAUGAAAUUCAAACGUACAAUAUAAAUUUAUAAUCACCUGAAAAUAAAACAAAUGAAGAUUUAAGUAUGCAGGUAAACAACCCAAUUACUUUCGAAUCAAAUGAAAUUAAUUGA